AUGUUUGAGGCUGCAAAGCGAGGAAACGUCAUGUUUCUAGACAUAAUUUGGGAGACAUAUCCUGAUACGAUGUUUGAAGUAGACGGAAAUCAUUGUAGCAUAUUUCAUGUUGUUGUCAUGUAUGAUCACUACAGCAUUUUCAGUUUCAUUCAUAUCAUAGGUCCGUUAAAGAAGGACUUGAUAGUCUGGAAAUCAGAUGAAGAUCAGAACAACAUAUUGCGUUUGGCUGGAAUGUUGGCACCAACAGAUUGGCUCAGUGUUGUGUCAGGUGCGGCUCUUCAACUGCAGUGGGAGUUGUUGUGGUUUAGCGAAGUGAGAGAAAUUAUGCAUCCAUCUCACCAUGAAAACAGUGAACGGGAAACUCCUAGAGCUUUAGUUACUAAGGAGCAUGGAGAAUUAAAGAAAUGGGAGACAAAUGAAUGA